AUGCCUAAAGUUCGCCGCAGUCGUAAACCUCCACCAGAUGGCUGGGAAUUAAUCGAACCGACCCUUGAGGAAUUAGAACAGAAAAUGAGAGAAGCUGAAACGGAACCACAUGAAGGAAAAAGAAAACAGGAAUCACUUUGGCCGAUCUUCAAAAUCCAUCACCAGAAGUCACGCUACAUAUACGACUUGUUUUACCGACGAAAAGCUAUCAGUAGAGAAUUAUAUCAAUAUUGUUUAAAUGAAAAAAUUGCAGACGCAAACCUAAUAGCAAAAUGGAAGAAGACUGGUUAUGAAAAUCUAUGCUGUCUGAGAUGUAUACAGACUAGGGAUACUAAUUUUGCCACAAACUGUAUAUGCAGAGUGCCUAAGAGUAAGCUCGAGGAAGGUAGGAUCGUUGAGUGUGUGCAUUGUGGCUGCCGAGGAUGUUCAGGAUAG